AUGCGGAGGUUCCGUCUCACCCAUGCGACUCGAUCGUAUCCCAAGCAUUCCGCACAUCGCGUGCGCUUCUUCCACCAGGAGACCAAGCCAUAUAAUGUUGCUGUGAUUGGAGGCGGCAUUACGGGGCUGACCGCCGCCUGGCGGCUAUGCCAGGAUCCUAAAUGCCAGAAAAUCACGCUAUACGAGAAGUCUUCGCAGCUGGGGGGUUGGCUGCAGUCCGAAACGGCCGACGUCGAUGGUGGACGUGUGGUUUUUGAAUAUGGACCGAGGACAAUAAGGGCGAGUGAUCCCGCAGCUCUACCCAUGCUAGACCUGCUUUUCAGCUUAGGCAUGACCGAACAAUUAUUCCUCAUCGACAGACGGUCACCAGCUGCGCUCAACCGCUAUAUCUAUUACCCCAACCAUCUCGUUCGUAUGCCAGGACCGGAGCCUAACAGUGGACCUCUGAGUUCCAUGUGGCGAGGGCUCAAGACAUUGCUCACAGAACCUCUGUUCGAAGGUGCCAUUGGGGCAUUUCUAAAGGAGCCUAUUCGGGACGCUCGCACAGAUCGACAGGACGAGUCAAUAGGCGACUUUGUUUCGCGCAGACUCAGUCCUAAAAUGGCCGAUAACCUCGCGUCUGCUGUGUUUCAUGGUAUCUUUGCUGGAGACAUAUAUAAGCUCAGUGCUCAGACUAUAUUGGGAGCACAACAUGCCCUGGAAAAAAAGCACGACUCCGUUACGGCUGGGAUCGUGGAAAACAUGCAAGAAAAGAAGAGAGUGGUGACUGCCGAUCAUUUACUGGCGACGUGGUCGGUGCAGGAGCAACGGUCACUGGGGCACUUUGAUCGUUUGCGUGCAGUAUUGAAGUCUAUGAGCGUAUUUGCACUCAGGGACGGCAUCUCUGAAAUAGCUCGAGUGAUGGCAAAGAAGUUUCAGGAACAUUCCCACAAAAUUCAAGUUGUGACUGAGGCUGAUAUCAAAGCAAUCCGACGGGAAGAAAACCAUGACAUAACGAUCUCACUAGAUAAAGGAAAAAAUAGGGUGACAUCCCAAACUUUCAACAGAGUCAUCGCCACGGCACCGCCACCAGAACUAGCCAGACUUAUAGAGGCGGGCUCAACGAAGGACAGCCAGCGACCUACGGGAACUAUAUCCAGACUCAAAGAGCACAAUUACGCUGUGAACGUCAUGGUCGUUAACUUAUACUACGACGCUCCCAAUCUCAUUCCUCAUCGAGGUUUCGGCUACCUUAUUCCUCGAAGUGUAUCAUUUGACCAAAACCCCGAGAGGGGUCUUGGAGUAAUCUUCGGUUCCGAGACCAGUCAACCCCAGGAUACAGCUCCAGGCACAAAACUCACCGUGAUGAUGGGUGGUCACUGGUGGGAUGGAUGGGCAGAAUCUGAUUUGCCCAGUCCAGAAGAAGGAAUCCGUAUGGCUCGGUCUCUGCUGAAACGCCAUCUUGGGAUAGAAGCAGCCCCCGCUCUUGCGCGCGCAAGACUUCAGCGUGAUGCAAUCCCGCAGUUUACGGUGAACCAUCUGACGAGAAUGGCAAGUCUGUCGCGAGCAGUGCGCGAGGAUUUUGAUAGACGGCUUACGCUUGCGGGGAACUGGUAUAGCAUGCAUGGUGUCGGGAUUAAUGAUUGUGUAACUCAAGGUUACCUAGCAGCUACAUGGGGAGUUGACUCAACAGAAGGCGUUGGUCCACUUCUCAACACCAUGUCUGAUCUGAUGGAGGACCAAGCAGGUGGUAUCCCAACUUCAUCGCAGCGCUAUCUUAUGAUGAAAUAUCAAGAGAUAAAACGAGCUUAG